AUGGCUCCUCGAGAGGAGCUUAUUGCCUCUGCGGUGACCUGUAUGAUUAAUCCCCAUUCCCCACGGCAUGGCGAGGUGGAGAAGUUGCGCGCUAACCCUCACGCAGUCCUACAGGAUCCCUCGGUGGCUUCAUCGCCUAUUGAGAAACGAGUCGCAUUCCUGCAAUCGAAGAAUCUUACACAAGAGGAGGUUGAUCUCGCCUUAUCGCGAGUCGGCGAAGACCCGGCUGCCGCGGCCGCGGCUGCUGGAACCGUAUCGGCGCCGUCCCAAGGCUACAACUCACAACAGGUUGCAUACCGACCACCUCCACAAUCACCACAGGGAUAUGGUUAUCCUCCAUAUAAUCAAUGGCAGCCGCCUCCAGAGCCGCCCAAGAGAGACUGGAGAGAUUGGUUUAUCAUGGCAACGGUGAUGGGUGGUGUUGGUUAUGGAUUGUAUUUUGUUGGCAAGCGCUACAUUGCUCCAUUGAUUGCCCCACCGACUCCCCCUCAGUUGGAACAAGACAAGGAGAACAUUGACGAGCAAUUUUCGCGUGCGUUUGAUUUGAUUGAUCAGCUUUCGACCGAUACUGCAGCCUUGAAGGCCGCCGAGGAUGCUCGCACUGAGCGUCUAGACUCGGCUCUGAAGGAUGUGGAGAACCUGGUUGCAGACCUGAAGAAUGCGUCGCGACGCAGAGAUGACGAGACCCGCCGUAUCAGCGAUGAGGUUAAGUCUUUGAAGGAUGCGAUCCCUAAGGCUUUGGAAGGUGCCCGAGAGGGCAACGAGAACCGCCUGAAGGAGCUGGGUUCUGAGCUGAAGAGCUUGAAGGUCUUGCUGGGUAACCGACUGGGCGGCAGCGGCGCUGCUCCCGCUGUCGGUCGCACUCUCGGCAGCUCUACAAUUACUCCCUCUGUCACUCCCCAGCCGGCUCCCGAGCCCACUCCCGCUUCUAUUCCUGCCACCAACGGCCUGCAGGCCACCGUGACCCCAGCCGAGCAGGAACCCCAGCCAGUUGUUGCGCCCACGCCCGCACCAGCUGCCGAUAGCCCUCUCGCCAAACUCGGCCGCUCUGCCUCCAUCCCGGCCUGGCAGAUGGCUGCUUCUGGCCGAUCCAAGAGCGCUUCUCAGUCGAGCCCUGCCCCGGCAGGUGAUAAGCCCGCUGAGCAGAGUGCUCCUCCCAGCUAA